AUGGAUUUCCAACCAAACACAUCUCUAAAUCUAAGCUUGGGAGUGAAUAAUAGGCCAAACCUAGAACUUGUUCUUGAUCAAUCUUCUUCCUCUUCUUCAUCAUCGAUGACUCAUAGUCCCACAUCGGAGAUUCGAGUAUUCUCUUGCAGUUAUUGUCAAAGAAAGUUUUAUAGUUCACAAGCACUUGGUGGACACCAAAAUGCACACAAGCUUGAGCGAACCCUGGCCAAGAAAAGUAGAGAAGUUAGGGCACAUGAGAGAGGGGGAUCGAAUUCUCCGUCGGGAUCCACCUCCACGAGCGAUCCUAGCCAUGUUAGAAACCCGGGUCAAGCAGUAUUUGUGCACCAUGUACCUCCUCCUAAAGAUGGAGUUGGUUCUUGGAGUUAUGGUUAUAGGCCUGAAAAUGUCCAGGAUGAGUUGAAUCAACUUGACUUGUCAUUGAGGCUUUGAAUUGGGUAUUUUGUGAUCUUGAUCGAUCGUUGUUCUUCCACAUCGAUUGAUAUCUAUAGAUCUCUCUCUCUCACA